AGAAAGUACAAAAAGUGUGUUUAUUUACAUUUUAAUUUCAGGAAGGAGUAAAAGAAAGAAACGUUCUUGGAUUUCUUUCUCUCUAAAUUUUAAGUUGUGGGUCUGAAAUUCCUAUAUCGCUGGCUAUCUGUCGUGGAGAGCUACACGUUUUCCGAUCAAAUCUCAGCGCCUGCUUUAUCGGCAAGUUUCAGUUUUUAAUUCUUUUUUGUAAUUUAUUCAUUUUCUGUUAGUUCUCCAUCUCCUACAAUUACUGAGCUUGUCCGCUGGAAGCCAAGUAAAUUAACUACACCCGCAAAAUACUGCGUACACACAAAGACACAAUUGUAAAUACGUCUAAGCGUUUUGGGUUGUCGAAACCAGAAUCGUUUUUUGGUGGUUUAGAGUAUAAAGAAAAAAGCAAGGGUUUUCUUCAGGGGAAAAUGUAGCUGAGCUGAUUUGAACAAUUAAUCGGUACUUGAGUAGCUCUUGUUUUGGUUCAAUGGAUGCGUCUGGGCUUUGUUCUUCAGUUUGUACGGUUGUUCUUAUGAGGUAGUUUUAGCUCAAUUGGUUCAUCCUUGUAAAUCAUUUGGUGAUUUUGGGUUUCUCUGUAAUUCUGUGUUAUUGUAAAAAAAAGAAUUGUCGGAUUUGUGGGGAUUAACCUGGUAGAGAAGUGUUGUUGAUCCAUGGAAUCAAGGAUUGGUGGGAAGGGUCAUAAUCUUUAUGGCCCAGUUGUUCCUGAUUUAAAGGCGCUAGGGAAAAGAAGUGUGGAGUGGGACUUGAAUGAUUGGAAUUGGGAUGGUGAUAGGUUCACUGCCAUCCCUUUGAAUUGUUUGCCGUCAGAUUGUAGGAGUAGACAGUUAUUCCCUGACGGGUCUCAGGUUCCGGUGGCAAACAAUAACGGGCUUUCAUCUGUUUCCACUGAAUUGGUAGUAUUAAAUGAGAAAGAGAGGAGGAUGGAAAUGGAGAAGCGGAGGAGGGUGGAAGAUUCGAAUGAAUGUGAGUCACUUAAUUUGAAGCUUGGUGGUCAAGUGUUCCCUAUCACAGAGGAUGAGAUGAAAAAAUGGGAAGGAAAGAGUGGAAAGAAGACGAAACUUGCAGGUGGAUCAUCUACCCGAGCUGUUUGCCAGGUGGAUGACUGUCAAUUGGAUUUGACCAGUGCUAAAGAUUAUCAUAGGAGACAUAAAGUAUGUGCAGCGCAUUCCAAGGUCACCGAAGCCCUUGUAGGAAAUGCUAUGCAGCGGUUCUGUCAGCAGUGCAGCAGGUUUCAUAUUCUUCAAGAAUUUGACGAGGGGAAGCGAAGUUGCCGUAGACGCCUAGCUGGACACAACAGCCGGAGAAGAAAGACGCAUCCAGAAAAUGUAGCCAAUGGAAUACCCAUGAAUGAUGAGCAGGGAACUAAUUAUUUAUUAAUUAGUCUGCUAAGAAUACUAACCAAUUUGCACGGUGCAGCAAAUAGCUCAGAUCAAACAAAGGAUCAGGAUAUUUUGUCUCAUCUACUAAGGAACCUAUCAAGAGUGAAUGGCUCAAAUGAUGAAAGGAACCUUCCUGGGACAUUAUUACCAGUAUCACAGAAUCUUCAGAAUCCAGGAACAUCUACUGGAUCUCCAGAAAAGGACUCUCACCAACUGGUAUGGAAUUCUGCCAACUUAUCGCCAUCAAGAGUGAUGGGAAAGGUUACCAAUGCAGUUAAUGCUGAAUCUGGAGUUUCACGAAAUCCUUCUGUACAGCCUGAAAAUGGAAUUGCGACGGAUGAUUUGGCCAAACAGACAAAGAUGCAUGACAUCGAUUUGAAUGAUGUGUACAAUGACUCUCAAGAUUGUACGGGAGUAGUAUUAAAGAGUUCUGGCCCCUGUCAAAUUCCCGCGAACAUAUCUACUGGUUAUCCUUUAUGGGUUUCUCAAGAUCCUCAUAAGCCAAGCUCCACUCGCACCAGUGGAAAUACUGGUCCAACAUCAAGCCUCUCACCUUCUAAUUCCAGUGGCGAAGCUCAGGUCAGGAAGAGUCGCACCGAUCGGAUUGUAUUUAAACUUUUUGGAAAAGAUCCUAGUGAUUUCCCUCUCGCCUUGCGGAAACAGAUUCUUGAUUGGUUGUCGAACAGUCCUACUGAAAUCGAGAGCUAUAUUAGACCUGGCUGUGUCAUACUGACAAUAUAUUUGCGGAUGGACAAGUCCAUAUGGGAGGAGCUUUGCUGUGAACUCAGCUCUAGUUUAAGGAAGCUCCUUGAUUCGUCUUCUGAUCCAUUUUGGAGAACAGGAUGGAUCUAUACUCGAGUUCAAAACCGUGUAGCUUUUGUUUUCAAUGGUCAGGUUGUUUUAGACACGCCUCUACCAGUUAAAGGCUACAGCAGCUGCCGGAUAUCAAGUGUCAAACCAGUUGCUGUUCCUGUCUCCAAAGGCGCUCAAUUUUCAGUUAGAGGCUUCAACUUGUUACGGCCCAGCACAAGAUUUCUAUGUGCACUAGAAGGGAAAUAUCUGGUCCAAGGAAAUUGUGAUGAUUUGGUGGGAACUAAUUCAUUAGUGGAUCAUAAUGAGAUCCAGUCCCUUAGCUUACCGUUCAGCAUACCAAAUGUCACUGGACGGGGAUUUGUCGAGGUAGAAGACCAUGGUCUCAGCAGCAGCUUCUUUCCAUUUAUAGUUGCUGAGGAGGAUGUGUGUUCAGAAAUCUGUACACUGGAGAGCAUCCUCGAGGUUGCAGAAACUGAGUGUCUUGGGUCCCAACAGGAAAAUGAGAAAUUAGAAGCUAGAAGCCGAGCUUUGGACUUCAUACACGAGAUGGGCUGGCUACUUCGCAUAUCUCAUGCCAAAAUCAGAUUGGUUUCCAACAUGAAUCGUCAUUUCCCAUUUGACCGGUUUAGGUGGUUAAUAGAGUUCUCAGUUGACCGUGAUUGGUGUGCUGUAGUUAAGAAGCUUUUGGAUGUUCUAUUUGCCGGCCUUGAGGAUGAAGGAGAAUACUCGUCUGUUGAGGUAGCAUUGAGGGAUAUUGGCCUCCUCCACAGAGCUAUAAGUGGAAAACACAGAUCAAUUGUUGAGGCUCUCCUACAAUACUGUCCAGAUAUAGUGUGUGACAAAAAAGAAUUGUCCAAAAAGCGAAGUAGCCUCUAUGUGUUUAGACCGGAUGCAGUAGUAGUUGGAGGCCUUACGCCACUCCAUAUUGUUGCCAGUCAAGAUGGAUUGGAGAAUAUGUUAGAUGCCUUAACCAGUGAUCCAGGACAGGUUGGCAUGGAAGCAUGGAAGAGCGCACGUGAUAGUACGGGAUUAACACCAAAUGACUACGCAUGCUUACGUGGCCACCAUUCAUACAUUCAUCUAAUCCAGAGGAAAGCAACAAAGGAGAAAUUACCCGGCAACACUGAUGUUGUCUUAGAUAUCCCAAUGGAUAAGACACCAAAUAGCAGCGGGAAGCAGAAAGAAACAAUAGGCGGCGGUGGGUACAAUCAUAGAAGCAUUACAUCAAGUUUUCAGACAGAAAAAACGGUCACUACGAAGAGAGGUUGCAGGCAGUGUGAUCAGAAAUGGGAGUAUGGAAGGUGUAGAAGAGCAUCACUUGCAAUUUACAGGCCGGUGAUGCUAUCUAUGGUUGCGAUUGCCGCCAUAUGUGUCUGUGUAGCUUUGCUGUUUAAGAGCUCACCGGAGGUGCUCUAUGUCUUCCAGCCCUUCAAUUGGGAGCUUUUGAAAUACGGGUCAAGUUAACCUAGCGUAGAUGAAAAUAAGCUAUAAAUCCCCGCCAAGGUGCUACAUGCCGCUUAGGAAUGUAUUCAUUUGAGUUUUUUACACAGUAAUUUGUAGUUACUUACACGAGCUCUUCAAAUGUCACCGGGGAUUAUUGAAGCGGGUGUUAUUGUUUUAGUUUGAUUGCAAAUCUAUAUAUAAUACUACAUAUAAUAUAUGGAAGCUAGCUUCUUGUUAUUAGGGGUGGACUCAAUCCAGUUCUGGUGCAGUUUCAGAUGCAUUAUUCUGAGUCAAGUAAAGGGUGAAAUCGGAACUGCAACCGGGUAUACCUGGUCCAGUUCCAGUUUUUGGGUCAGUUCUAGUUUCUUAGCAUAUUGUAAAAAACACAACCUGUCUGUUCUGGGCUUAUUUUGGAGGAAUCGAAAAAGAAAACCAGUUUAGUCUACAUGCAAAAA